AUGAGGCUUCUGUCUGAAACCGAUCCAUCACGCAUCACGUCGUAUCCAUCAGCAUGUUCCGUUGUACCAGGUCUCAGCAACAAACAACGGGAAAUGUGCAUACGCCAUCCGGACACGAUGAAAUUUCUGAUAGACGGCUUACGAAUGGCCAUAUCCGAAUGCCAACAAGCGUUUAGUAAUCAAAUAGACGGCUUACGAAUGGCCAUAUCCGAAUGCCAACAAGCGUUUAGUAAUCAAGUAUGGAACUGCACUCUAACAACACCUGGUGUAGGAACGACACCGUUAAAAAUAGCAUCGAAAGAAUCGGCAUUCGUCUACGCAAUAGCGUCCGCAGGUGUGAGUCAUUCGCUGGCGAAAGCGUGCGCGAAGGGUCUCAUUGAUGAUUGUGGAUGUGGACCAAUACCAUCGUCGUUGUCGAACAAAUUCGUCUGGGCUGGGUGUUCGGACAAUGUGCGAUACGGAAACUCUUUUGGAAGAAAGUUCAUAGACGUCACGGAUAAGGUUCACAGUGAUGCCAGGGCUCUGAUGAAUCUGCACAAUAAUCGAGUAGGACGCCGUCUUCUUGCCAGCCGAAUGGGAAAAGAGUGUAAAUGCCAUGGCGUAAGUGGCAGCUGUGUGACGAAGACUUGCUGGAAAGUGGUGCCCAGAUUUGACGAGUUCUCACAACUGCUGAUGCACAAGUAUGAAAUGGCACAACAGGUCACUGUUGCCCCUCAUGGUACUACGUUGAUGGUACGCGGGGCAGUGUUGGACGGAAAACGAACAGAGCGUCAUCUGAAGGACAAGGGUGAUAAACAUAAGUGA